ACGCCUCUUAACGCUCCUGGUUUGUUUGUGAGCGGAAUUCAAGAUGGCGGAGACUGAGGAAACAAAACCAGCAACCUGCACGUUUCUUUUUAAGAAAUCAAGCAAGAAAUUCUCCGCACGCAAAAGAAAAGCCAGUGACAGCGACAAAGACAGAAGCAGCGAUGAGGAGAAAAACGCCGUGGUGAAAAGGGAGAAGAAACCAAGCUCUCACAACCCCAUGAUCCAGCGGACCAAGAAGGUGGAAAAAGAAGUGGUUUCCUCCAGCGAAAGUGAUGAAGACAAAGAAGCCAAGAAGAUCACAGUGGCUUAUAAAUCCACUCGCUCAGCGAAACCAGAGGGACCCGACGACAUGGGAGCCACCGCCGUGUACGAGCUGGACACCGAGAGAGAUAAAGACGCUCAGGCCAUCUUUGAACGCAGCCAGAAAAUCCAGGAGGAACUGCAAGGUAAAGAGGAUGAUAAAAUCUACCGCGGCAUCAACAACUAUCAGAAGUUCAUUAAGCCUAAGGACACCACCAUGGGUAAUGCUUCAUCUGGCAUGGUCAGGAAAGGACCAAUCAGAGCCCCUGAGCACCUGAGGGCUACAGUGCGGUGGGACUACCAGCCCGACAUAUGCAAAGAUUACAAAGAGACGGGCUUCUGUGGAUUCGGAGACAGCUGCAAGUUCUUGCACGACCGCUCCGAUUACAAACACGGCUGGCAGAUCGAGAGGGAGCUGGAGGAGGGACGCUACGGUGCUAACGACGAAGAAAACUAUGAGGUGAGCAGCGACGACGAGGAUCUGCCUUUCAAGUGCUUCAUCUGCAGGGAUUCGUUCAAGAACCCGAUUAUAACAAAGUGUAGGCAUUAUUUCUGCGAGGCCUGCGCUCUGCAGCACUACCGCAAGUCCAAGCGCUGCUACGUCUGCAACCAACAAACCAACGGAGUCUUCAACCCAGCCAAAGAGUUGAUGGCGAAGAUGCAGAAACGUGAGGCUGCUGGAGACCAGCCACCAUCAGACGAGGAAGACUAGCAUUCCUGUCACCUCCCUGUCAUUCCCGUCCUGCUCUUCCCUUUACUCCCCGAGUUUUGUAAAUUAAUUAAUAAAAAAUAAAUUCUCUCUUUUUUUUUUUUUUUCCUAACCACUUGUGUGUUUUACUCUUUGUCUCCGUUCCGUUCUUCCGUCGGAAUGGAAAUGGACUCAGGAUAAACAAAUGGAUUAUUUCAAGUCCGUUAUAAGAUGAGUCAGGACGCUGUUGGGUUUCUGUGUGUAGAGUACCGUGACUGUGUUUAGCUGCUGGUGAGCAGGGCGAUGGGAAAGGAGAGGGGUGUGAGCCCGCUGCUGGGCAAACAAUGGUGUGAACCUCUCCACAAUAACACUGGUACAUAAAGAUGAAACGGACCGCGAAGAGAGUGAAUUUUUAAUGCAUGCUACAACACGGACGCAAUCAGAGACGCAGAUUAGUUCCGUACGGGGCGUCUGUUCUGUGCAGUCAGACAGCGUCUUCAAAAAUAAACGUGACUGUCCUCACGUUACACGUUACGCUCAUAUCCCUUGCCGUAUAACGAGUGUCGUCCCGCCCCACCCGGGUAUAACCAGGACAACCAAAGAUUUUACACUUAAACAGGGGGAAAAAAAGUAGGAGCAGAUUGCAUGGCACAAAGGAGCAAUUCACGUUAUUAUUGACUCUGAAACGAUUCAUGAGUUUCCUAGUCGUUUUGUUCCUACGUACGCGAGUACUUUUUGUCAUGCUGUAAAGCGCGCAUUUGAUAAAACACAGGCUCUUUCCGGCUCCAAAAGUGCAGCACGUUGAACUCGCUCACGUUUCUCAUUUUUAAAAAUUUUCCUUAAACUAAUUUUCCUUCAUCUUUUGACAUAUAAGAUAAACUUUAUUGAUCCCACACUGGGGAAAUUCCCUACGAGGUCAUUGUAUAAUUAAAAUGUCCUGCAGGUGGCAUCACUUCAUACGUCCUCCUCGGUACAAAAAGAGCAGUAAAUGUAACCAGGCUCCAAAAACGGCUCGUUUGGAUGUGGUGGGACUUGUGAUGUCACACAGGCAAGCUACUUUUACAUCACCGUCGGCCACGCCCGCUGGUGCUAAGUAGCUGAAUACAUUACCGCACGUGUUAUGGCAGGGGACGUUGAUAAUUCGUUCGUAGGCGAAGAUGUUAGCCAGUAGUAGAAGUGGGGGGUUACGGCGACGUCUUCACGGUAAAGGACACAAAAACCGACCGGUCCGGUCAGAGAGAGGGUGGAAAAAGGUUAUAAAUUACUACAUUUUGUAAGGUUUUUUUUUUUUGUGUAAAAUACUUUACUAACAUUGUAAUUACACCUCAAGGAAGAUGAUAACAUUAAAGAAAAACAUCAUGACCCUUUUAACAUUUAUUAUAAUGGAA